AUUUGAUAGUUUGCCAAUGAAAACUAAUUUACCCUCUGGUCAUAUGGUAUUUAAAUGUAUGAAAAAUAUGCAGAGCUACGUACAGUAUUAGUACACCAAAUAAUGUAUGAGCAUGGGUAAACAAAAUCUGACACAUAUUCUAGAGUCUACACAUUGAUUGAACACACUGUUUUUUACAAAAACUUACAUUAAAAUGAGUGGGAAAUUAACUGAAUCGGAGACCACAGACCUAAAAGAAGCGUUCCAGCUAUUUGAUAAAGAUGGAGAUGGUAGGAUUAGCAUUGAAGAGGUAAAGACGGUAGUGUCAUCUUUACAACAAGAUAUAGACGAGGAUCAACUACAGGAGAUGUUUAAUGAAGUAGACACAGAUGGAAGUGGUUCCAUAGAACUGGAGGAGUUUGUCCAAAUGAUGUGCUCAUACAGAGGAUCAUGGCAGGACCCGGAGCUGGAAAUGAAACAAGCAUUCAAGAUGUUUGACAAAGAUGGGGAUGGUGUGAUCAGUGCCACUGAGUUGAGGAGCGUAAUGGCUAGCCUUGGGGAAUCCAUGACACGGGAGGAAGUAGAGGAGCUUAUUAAAGAUGCGGAUAUUGAUGGAGACAACCAAGUGAAUUAUGAGGAGUUUGUCACUAUGAUGUCAGCAAAGAUGUGAAAUCUCAUAUGAUUUAAAGCGAUAAACAUUAUUUAUUUUACGAGUGUUGGGAAACAACAGAAAUCAUUGAUUUGCAAAAUGGCCUGCCGACAUAAAUUGAUAAUUCUGAAGUCCCUGGAGACUUGGGAUAGUUCGAAUUUCUAACAAAGCUUCGACAUGAUUAUGCAAUUGGCUAUUGUAAAUUUUAUUGUAUCAAUAAACUGUCUUCGCACACGAAUAAUGAAUGAUUUAGUAUGUUUAUGUGUCCCAAUAGACACGUUGUUUAGAUAUGAUAAGAGGGG